AUGGCUACCGAGUCGGUUAAGGCGUUGGUGGCAAAAGUCAAAGUUCAGCUAACGCGAGUGUUGUGGAAAGUUCCAGUGAUCAAAGUCGACGACCGGGAGCGGUUGAAGCUGAUGAAAAUCAUCGACAGCAAAAAAAUGAUAAAUUGUGCUUUUAGAAAUUGGGAGCUCUGCGAGUAUCCGAAUCUGCCGCAAACGAGUAAACACUCUUGGAUGGUUAAAACUUGCUCGCAGGUGGAAAAACCUAGGUGUUUAAUAAUCGCUUUUCUCACGAAUACGCCGGGAAGCGUGUCGGACGGUUACAGCGGCGAUUACGACGCGUGUUCGCUGACAAACGUUAAAGCGUAUAUCAAUUCAAUCGAAUAUCCGUAUGAAGAUUUCAACGAAAGUUUCGACAAAAACCUGUUUACGAUGUUCUAUCAAAAUUACGCCGACUUCCAGAAACAUUAUUACGAACGGGAUACCGCGCAGCCGUAUCUGCCGAGAGAAAAAUAUAAAGAGUUGGGACCAUUUAUCUGCAUAGAUUGUUCGCGACAGACCGACGAUGCCAAAAUUUCUAACGUCGAUCUCCGCCUCGAAAUAGAAGCAUCCAAUAAUUUUCCCGCUAACACGGCCGCCUACUGCCUGGUCAUUCACGAUCGCGUGAUGCAAUACAAUCCGUUUACCGGAGAAGUUCGGAAACUGUAA